CCCGUUACCAUGGCAACCGACAGUAAAACCUGAUGCGGUGCGGCGACGGAGAUUCACAUUAUGGUCAAAUUUAGCUUGACGGCUUGAAAUAAUGUCUCGUGCACAAGCGGAGGGUGUGAUAAAAAACAUAAUUCGAGAAAUUGCUCAAGAAUGUGCAGGAAGAGGACACGUUGUGUCGGAAACUUUAGUGGCUUUCAUGGUAAAAACUGUGGUUUUAGACCCAAGAAAUCUGUUCAACGUUGAUCGGACUCUAACCAAGCAAGAUGUUAGAAAACUUGUGGAAUUAUGUGUGGACAAGCUCAUGGACCGAGGAAGCCCUGCCCUUGACACAAUCAAAAUGCAAGUCUACUUUGACAUGAAUUACACGUCUAGACGUGAGUUUAUUGAGGAGCACCAGCGGGUACUUCAGUCGCAACUAGUCCCAGUGGUUCGAGAGAUCACUGACAGUCGAGUAAAAACACGCGAGGAUCUGGAGGGUCUUUAUUGUAAGAUAGUCAGUUAUGUUCUGCUGCACUCAGGACUCGGUUCCCCCAAAAACAUCAACACAGUUCGAGAGGCCACAGCUUCCUUACAAAGCGUCUUUCCUCAGUCAGAGCUAGGGACCUUCCUGUCCCUCAUUAAGAAGGACAAGGAGCAACAACUCGACGAGCUCAGCAGAAAUGUUACCGGAAUUUGCCUCUUCAACAAAGACAGUGGCAAAGGAGGGGAGGGCAUUGACGACUUGCCGGCCAUUCUGAAUGAAGCCAUUCCCUCCACCAGUAAUGAGAUUGAAUGUGAGCUGGAGCUUUCUAAGACUUUGGCCUGGCAGUACACAACCCUGCUGGAGAGGUUCAUGGAGCCUGAGGCUGAGACCAAAAACUGCAUUGUUUCCAUAGAUAUGCUUAAACAAGCCCUGUAUAAUGUACGGCAGCAUGAAGCUUUCCUCAAAAUUCUUCUGGCAGAUGUAGUUCUAUGUGCAAAGCAAGUUGAAUCUCUCCAGACUGAACUGAGAUCACGGAUGAAUCUUUUGAGGCUCACCGUGCAUUCAAAGACUGCAGUACCCACUGGACAGGUUUUUCCUCAUUUCACAGCACUGGCAAAGUUCUGGUCAGGUCUUCAGAAUGAGAUGGUGCUGUUGAGUAUCUUCCGUAACAUAACAGUGAACCUGCGGCCCUUCCUGGCAGCUCAGUCCCAGCUCUUCCCUAAUGGUCAGUUGGAGGACAUGCUUGGGUCAGAGACCAAGAGUGACGAGGAGAGACUGAAGGAGUCUUCCGAAAACCGCAUUGACCCUAGCGAAAUAAAAACACAGGAGUGGCUUUUGCCUGAGACUACCACCAACUUCGACAAAUUACUGCUGCAGUACAAUGGAAUUUGUGGUUAUACUCUUGUGAAGAAGGAUGGACUUUUACUACCAGGCAACCCAAACAUAGGAGUGCUUAAACAUAGGGAGAAAUACUAUGUUUUCAGCUCCAAGGAGGCAGCUUUAACAUUUGCGUCCAAGCCAGAUGAGUACAUUGCCCAUGUGGCAGAGAUAGCAAAGCAGUCCCCUGUGCUUAUCCAGCUAAUCAAACUCCACCAGCAGUUUGCCUGUGUAACUCCCUAUUCUGAGAUGCAGUCUGGAGAGAGAUUGUUGGUAAAACCCAUUACAAAGUGUGACGGCAGCACUCAGACAGACACUCAUUUAUUGGAGACCAACAUUGUGAAGUCCUAUGAGUGGAAUGAGUGGGAGCUGAGGAGGAAAGCAAUCAAAUUGGCCAAUCUUCGUAGUAAAGUGACCCACUCAAUGCAGACGAAUCUAAGUCACAUGAGGAGGGAUAACGUCACCCAAACCUACCUGCCUAAAGAUGUUGAGUGCCAGAGCAAGAGGGACGGCAAGAGUAAUGUACCCAAACCUCAGGUGUACCUGGCUGGUCUUAGAGGAGGGAAAAACAAAACCUCACAUAUGAUAAAAACAAACUUAACCAGAUCAGUAGACGAAUAACCUAUUUUUCAAGUAAUAAAGAUAACGCAUGAAAAUACCUGUGUUUGUUUUACUAAAGCUUAUUCUGCUGGGAGCAUACAAGUCGUAUUAUUUGCACACUGAAUAACAAACACACUUGGUCAAACAACUGUCUUCCAAAGCUAUUCACAUAACCAACUGUAAAA